GAACAGUCUUGAUAUCGAUUCUUAAAUCCCAAGAUCAAUCUUAUACUCUUAUGCACAACCUUCCACUACAAUGAGAGAAAAUCACUCGCAUUAGCAACCAAAUUUCGCGCUAUGCGAUUAAAAUUUAUAUAUUUGGCAACUGGCUGGUAAAUGUUUACAUUUCACACACCAAUAAUUGUGUAGUAUAGUGGUGGAGUAUUCAGCAGAGAGAUACUUUUAUUUUCAUGUUGAGAGUAAAAGUUGUUCUGCGUGUCCAAAGACGAGAUCCACGCGACCCAUUUGUCAAUGAAUAAUGUCUCUUUUAAUACCCAUUCUGUUCAUUACAGUUAGUUGUUGAUCAAAAACAACAACAAAAUAAACAUUUAAUUCUAAUCAUGCAUGGCACAGAUGAGAUAAAGCUAUUCAAGUCAUCUCUUGUUAACAUGCGCUCAUUUACAGACAUUCUUUACAGAAAUGCUUGUUUUGUUUAAGACAGUACAGGUUUUAGCACAUGUUCAACAACUCAAUGUAAAUAUUUGUAAAUAGCACAGAUUAUGCAAUUAAACAAUAAUUGAAAACAAAAAAUAAUAUAUGAAAUUUAAUAUUUUAUUUAUUAAUUGAAAACAUGGGUUUGUUCAUUAAAAAAAAAAGCCAAAAUGAUGAAAAACUAAAAAUAUUAUGAUUAAAAUUAAUAUUUUUGUAAUGUACCUAGUUAGAAGGUCCCUUGUAUAAUUCACAGCAUUAUCUGGGAGAGAACUUCUUUCAUAUGUAAGCAAAAGGGAAAUUAUAACUGAAAUAUACCCAUAUGAAUCGUUAUCAAAUCGAGAGCUUGUAAAUCGGUGGUGGUUUUUACGUGACUACCUCACCUGCUGACAAACAAACAUGACACAUCAGUGUUUGCGUACAGCUUUUACUCUUAUUUUUGAGGACAUACUUUAAACAUACAGAGAAAUGAAUCCAACGUUAUUACAUUGCUCAAAAAGAUUGCCAGAGACCACAUCUAUGCUUAAGAUAACAAGUAACGUAAUUACAUUAUUUUGUAUGACCUUUUUAAUGUUGCUUUACUAUCUAAGUAAUAUCAAAUCCAAAUCAAAUAAAAUCCCUUUAUUGUCACUCAAUCAUAUACACAAGUGCAACAGUGUGCAAAUGUCUUGGGUGCAGAUCCGAGCAACAUGGCAGUCGUGACAGUGAUGAGACAUAUACCAAUUUACAAUAAACAUCAGAUUUACAACACAGUUUACAUUUCUAAUAUACACAUAAUUACACACAACACAAUAUACAAAUAAUAACAUACAGUGUACAGUAUACAAUACACACAAUAUAGAAUACACAGUAUACAAUAAAAAUAGUAUAUGUAAAAUAUACAGUAGGUUGUUUUGCACUGUAUUGACAUUCAGGCUGUCGGUUGAUAGUCAGUUGCCAGUGUAUUGUUAAGAGAGAAUAUAAUUUAUAACAGUCCAGUGUGAGAUAAUAAGAUUAAUAAAGUGCAGUGCUGAUGUAUAUUGAUCAUGAGAGAUCAAGAGUUAAAAAGUCUGAUUGCUUGGGGGAAGAAGCUGUCAUGGAUUCGGCUGGUGCGGGUCCUGAUGCUGCGAUACCGCCUGCCUGAUGAUAGCAGUGAGAGCAGCCCAUGGCUCGUGUGGCUGGAGUCUCUGAUGAUCCUCCGAGCUUUUUUCACACACCGCCUGGUAUAGAUGUCCUGGAGGGAGGGAAGCUCACCUCCGAUGAUGUGUCUGGCAGUUCGCACCACCCUUUGCAGGGCUUUGCGGUUGAGGGCAGUGCUGUUGCCGUACCAGGCAGUGAUGCAGCAAGUCAGGGUGCUCUCUACAGUGCAGGUGUAGAACCGUGUGAGGAUGCGGUCAUUCCUUAUAUAAACUGUAAGAGUGGAAUCAUUAUUAACAUUAUUGUAGCAGAUGGUUAUAUUUGAAUGUUUGCCAUAGCAUAUACUGUAACAUUACGUUUACACCUUGAUUGAGAAUUUCACCAGCUUAACAGAAAGCAGCGAUCUUCCUAAAUGAGUGAGUAUUCCUGUAACUGAACAAAACAAUGCACAAAAUAAGAUGAGAAGAGUGUAAGGAAUGCUAACAAAGUUUGCAAAUGUAAUAACUUACCAAGAUCAGCCACAGAGAACACCGGCAAUUCAGUGUUUGUCUUGAGUGUGAUUUACUGAAUUCAAUGUCAUGGAACAAGUUUUCAGUUUGUUUAUGAUUUGGUCAGUCAUCUGAUUGAAGACGGCAUGCAGCAUUUCUUGCCAGAUCUCCUCAUAGACUCUUUUAUUCCUUUGUGAUCUCUCUAGUUUAUCUUGGAUCUCCAUAGAAGACCAUCAAUCAAUCAAUCAAGUUAAUUCUUUAGGAUAUCCAUUUGGAUCUCCAUAGAAGACCAUAUCGCAAUGGGCGACAUUAAGAAUGGAGAGAGGAGCCAAGGAGAAAAAUCAGCAUCUCUACAAACCCUACAGCAAUGGGAUCAUUGCUAAAGAGCUAGUGUCACUUGAACAGGAGAUCCAGGAAAUGAGGCGUGGCGGCACAGAGCCUGAGUUUGAUAUGUCUGACAUCUUCUAUUUUUGCCGGCGAGGUGUGGAGAGCAUCGUGGACGACGAGGUAACCAAACGCUUCACAGCAGAGGAGCUACAGUCCUGGAACCUGCUGACCCGCAGCAACUACAACUUCCACCACAUCAGCACGAGACUCACAGCACUGUGGGGGGUUGGAGUGCUCAUACGCUAUGGGUUCCUGUUGCCGCUCAGGGUCACGCUUGCUUUCACUGGUGUCAGUCUUCUCGUGGUUUUGACGACAGUCGUUGGCCUGUUUCCAAAUGGAAGGAUGAAGAAUUAUCUGAGUGAUAAGGUUCAUCUGAUGUGUUACCGCAUCUGUGUGCGAGCCCUCACCGCCAUUAUCACCUACCAUGACAGUGAGAAUAAACCGAAAAAUGGAGGAAUCUGUGUGGCCAAUCAUACGUCUCCUAUUGAUGUCAUCAUUCUGGCCAGUGACGGAUGCUACGCUAUGGUGGGUCAGGUCCACAGUGGUCUAAUGGGGGUCAUUCAGAGGGCGAUGGUCAAAGCCUGUCCGCACAUUUGGUUUGAGAGGUCUGAAGUCAAAGACAGACACCUAGUGGCCAAACGAUUAAGUGACCACGUUGCAGAUGAAAACAAACUGCCCAUCCUCAUAUUCCCAGAGGGAACCUGUAUUAACAACACCUCAGUCAUGAUGUUCAAGAAAGGAAGCUUUGAGAUCGGCUGUACGGUUUACCCUGUCGCCAUAAAGUAUGACCCUCGUUUUGGUGAUGCAUUCUGGAACAGCAGUAAGUUUGGGAUGGUGAGCUAUCUACUACACAUGAUGAGUAGCUGGGCCAUCGUCUGCAGCGUCUGGUACCUUCCUCCAAUGAGCAAAAUGGAACGUGAGGAUGCUGUGCAGUUUGCCAACAGGGUCAAAGCUGCCAUUGCUAGAAAGGGAGGCCUGGCAGACUUGUUGUGGGACGGUGGUUUAAAACGAGGGAAAGUUAAAGAAGUUUUCAAAGAGGAGCAGCAGAAGCUUUACAGCAAAGUUUUAGUGGGCAGCAGUGAAGACCGCAGUCGCUCCUGAAGGGAGCCAGCUGUCUUAUGUGACUUAAAUCAUGCUGCACAGCGCUCACGGUGAGAGCCUGGACCCUCCGCAGAAUGCAGUGCGGCCUUUGACUGGCCCCUUCCUGAACCCGCUCAGGCAGAACUGUAGAAACUGUAGAAAAUCUAUUAAGAGCCGGUGGGAGAAAACUGUGUUGCCAGAUCCUCGGCUCACUGCUGUGCCUCAGGAGCUUUUUGCCUUAUUGCACGAUUUUCUUAGUGGCAUUUCAAUUCCUGGGCUGAUUUCAGUUUGGAGUUAUAGGUGGAAUACUUGAUUUUUUUAUUUCUCUAAAUCUGUUACUGUUUUGAAUAUUUGUGCUCUAUUACUGUAUUGCAUGAUGUCCCGGGAGAGGAGUGAGUUUGAAAUGAUUUAUUUAAGCUUGUAAAAUACAAAAACUGAGAGGAUGGUGUGCAUAGAGCUUUAGUGUUGCUAGUCAGAAGAACCAUGUCCGUUAAUUGAUUAGAUGCUCAGUGUUCAUCUCCUCAUGGCAGCCUAUCUAGUGAGCUGUUUUUUUUUAUUAUUAUUUUUUUUAUAAAACACUGUUCUUUUUAAACACUGCUUCAUGAGGUAAAAAAAAAGUAUGUAAUUCAAUACGGCUUCAAAAUUCACGUUUAAGGGUAUGGCUGUGUGUAAUUUAUGUUGUAGAACAAAACAUCCAUGUAUUGUCAAGUAAUGUUUACCACAGACCUUAUUUUUCUCAUAAGUUCAAAAACUCCAUUAUAAAAACCAAUACGAAAACCAGGAGGGAACCCAUUGUGAAUUCUCUUCCAGGUUUUUGGACCAUUUCAAGGUGGUUUAAGGAAGUGAGUUCUGAAUGACCCUUAUUUUUGAGAAUGACCCACACCUUUUGGUUUUUCAAAGCUCUCACAUUGGAUGGUAAAGCCUUCAAAGGGAACAGGGCAUAGGGAUAAUCACUUCUGAAUGGAACGUACCCUCAUUCAAAACAACAGCGGGAGGCUCUUCAUUGAUAGUGACUUUAACACGAUUAACGUUAACACGAUUGCCAUAAAAUGCCAUUAUUAAAAUGUGGAACAUAUUGUUCGGUGAAUGGAUGCUCCCUGGAACUAACGGAAGUUAAAAUGUUUAGAUCUCUGAAAAAGCAAUGACAAACGGAUGCAUAAUCUGCUUUACGACACCUUGUUUAUUUGUAUUUUUUGCUAAUAUCUCGUUUGUUCUGUUUUAGCUAGACUCUAAAAGGACGUGCUAGUCAUUUUUUUUUUGACAGUACCGGAAAUGCUUCAGGGUCAUACAUAAGCAGUAGCGUUCUAAUUCCUUUGUUAUUGUUUACGUUUCAUGCUUAAGGUUGGGGGGUUUUCAAAAAUAAAUGUUAAACAUCCACAUUCCUUAUAGUGCUGAGAAGUUGUGUGGAAUGUGUUUAAUUGUCAUGAAAAAAAUAUCACAAUGAAAAAAUAAAUAAAUAAUCCUAAAGAAUUCAU